GGCCCGCGUGGAGGCGAGGAGCUCGUCGCUGCGGCCGGGCAGGCAUUGCCCCCCCCUCCCUCCCUCCCUCCCUAGGCGCUGCAAGCUGCGGGGCCGACGGAGCCUCCCCGAAGGAGCGCGGAGCCGCGGGGAAGAAAAGGCCUCCAAGGAUCCUCUCCCCCGCGCAAGAGCUGCAGCUUUCCCUUGCCCGGGCGUGCAGCCGGAACUUAAUCAGUAAGAUGGCUUUGUGGACUCGACAAUUAUCCAGAUGCUGCCCUUUGUUAAAUGCAUACAAUAUUAUGAAGAGUACAGAACUGAGAAAACAAUCAAUAAAAACGUGGACACAUUUUCUUGAACAACCAGAUUUGCAGUGGCUUUGUCCUUACAGAUAUUUUUGCCAAAUGCUGUUAAAGAACGUUAGAACUUUGCAUUUGGAUAAUCACGUGCAGCUCUGCAGUUCGAGUGCUGAACCCAGUCAGACUUCACUUUCUUUUACUGACAAGUCAAAAACUGAGAUAGUAUCUAGUUUAGAUACUGAUGUAUUGCUUCAAGAUUUGGAAGAUGAGUUGCCUUCAUCUGCCUUGGAGGAAAUUUCAGAAGAUGAGGCUCUUCAAAUCAAAGCUGCACCACCACCUCCGUUAGAAGCUUUCUCACUUAAAGAUUAUAUUGAUCAUUCGGAAACAUUGCGCCAGUUGGUGCUUCUAGGAGUCGACUUGUCCAGGGUGGAAAAACGUCCAAAUGCAGGUCAGCUUCUUGUAAAGCUAGACUUUGAAAACGAUGUUAAAAAAAUCCUUCUAUUCCUUAAGGACACUGGUUUGGAAGAUACACAGCUUGGGUCAUUUCUCACUAAAAAUCCUUAUAUUCUCAAUGAAGAGGUGGAAGAUCUAAAAACAAGGGUCGACUAUCUAAUAUCAAAAAAUUUUACCAAAGAGGCAGUUACACAAAUGGUCUUAAGGGCUCCAUAUUUACUCCUAUUUUCUGUGGAAAGACUGGAUAAUAGAUUGGGUUACUUCCAAAAUGAAAUUGGACUAAAUCCAAGAAAGACGAGAAAUCUGAUAAUCCGUCUUCCAAGGUUGCUGACUGGCAAACUUGAACCAAUUAAAGAAAACCUUAUAGUAUAUGAGCUUGAACUUGGAUUUAGUAAGAACGAAAUCCGUCACAUUGCACACACGGUCCCUAAGAACUUAAGUACAAGCAAGAGAAAGUUAACACAGAUGUUUGAUUAUGUGCAUAAUGUAAUGGGCAUUCCCCACAAACUUAUGGUACUUUUUCCUCAGAUUUUUAAUGCAAAGUUUUUACGAAUCAAAGAAAGGCACCUGUUUCUUAAGUUCCUGGGAAGGGCCCAAUAUGAUCCGGAGCAGCCAAGCUACAUCUCCUUGGAAAAAUUGGUAGCCUUGCCCGAUGAUGUGUUUUGUGCUGAAGUUGCUAAAACAGAAGUAAAGGACUUUGAAAAAUUUUUGAAAACACUGUAAAGAAGAAUUUAAAAAAAAACUUGGUAUAAAAUACAUCUGGUAGUGUG